CUGUACUCUCGCCUUCAGCGCUCCAGUGGCCACCAAAACAAAUAUGGCGCCGUUCGUGUUCUAAAAAUGCGGUGAAAGACUGCGCACAGGCUUUUUAGCAACGUUAAACAGAACGUUUCCGCUUCGCCGGGGUGGCUAACCGAUGGCAGAUGACAUAAUACACCUUGUUCCGAGGGCUGAAGACGCUGACGAGGAGGAAGACUCGGCGUCUGCCUCUGCGAUGGACGUCUCCUAUGACACCUCGCUGCCAGCGCAGCACACUUACCUCGGUAACGACAUGGAGGAUCUCACGGGCAGGACGGUUUUCGAAGAAGACAGCCUGCAAACGAUACCUGUACUGACAUCCCAUGACGUCAUACUGGUGCCAGGUCAGAUCUUGCCUCUCCAGAUAUUUCGACCCUUGGAGAUAUCCAUGAUGCACAGAAUUAUAGAAAACGAUCGGACUUUUGGCAUCGUUGGCGAAAGCGCGAGUAGCACUUCUACGCAGCCGCUAGGCACUACUGCUGAAAUACGGUCCUACAAAGAAGAGGUUGACGAGUUGUCCGGCGUAUCAACACUUGUCGUCAAAGCGGAAGGUCGACAGAGGUUUCGCAUCAUCAGCUCCCGCACAAGAAGCGACGGCAUUCUCAUGGCUAGCAUUAAAAUACUUCCUGACAAGCCCACCGCCGACGUCGGUGAAGCCGCUCGACUUCCAAGCCUGUCAAGGUUUAAGGGGCGCUCCACGUCUCGGUACGCUCCGAGCGAGCGACACAAAGACCCUUACGGCUUCUCCCACGUGACGGCUUGGCCCUCCUGGGUGUAUCGACAGUACGACGCCAACCUCCUGGUUUCGAAAAUAGAGGCAGAGUUGCGCGAGUGGACUGAAAAUUUUGCCACCCUGAGCCUACCCCGCGACCCGUGUCGCUUUUCCUACUGGGUCGCGAGCAGUCUUCUCCUGGACGACAAGCUGCGCCUGGAGAUGUUAUCUUACGACAACCCUGUACAGCGACUGCGAUGUGAACUGUCCAUUCUUCGUGACUGUCGCGUGCUGACGUGUAAGGAGUGCAACCAGAAGAUGGCCGACAGGAGCGAUGUGUUCAGCAUGUCUCAGAGCGGACCACAGGGCGCAUACGUUAAUCCCCAUGGAUAUGUACACGAGAUGAUAACUGUGCGCAAAGCCACUGGCGUAUACUUGAAUGGUCGACCUAGCACGCUGUACAGCUGGUUCCCAGGUUAUGCAUGGACGAUCCUGCAAUGCAGUGGUUGCCACUGCCAUGUUGGAUGGAAGUUCACUGCUUCCAACAAGGCUCUUUUACCAAAGAAGUUUUGGGGUUUAUGCAGAGCUGCAAUAAGGCCGGCAUUGCAGACUGAAAGGCGUUCAUCUUAAGAAGUGUGGUUGCUUUCUCGGAAGCUUGACACGAAAGCCUAGUCACAUGCUUAAGUCCCCUAUUAGAACCUUGUAGGUCACCUUACCUUCCCCUUGAAGGAGCAAGGUCUGGACAACUGAAUACUUACCCAAGGAAGCAUGCAGAAAAGCAGUUGAGCCUGACUUGCCUUGUCUGCGUAUGCGCCAUCGUCCAGUCGGGCCUCCACGUCAUGUUUGCAUACCGCCUGAUUGAAGUGAUUUGACAUUUGUAGGGCUUUAAGGUGCUGUGAUGUACUCUGAUGCAAAAGCUCAUUGCUUGCAGGCCAAGGCAACCAAUACUGCUGCAUGUGAUAAGGGCUAAAAUUUAAAUGCCCAGAUUGCCAGUUUAUUUUGGCUUAGUCAACGUGCAGCUAAGCUCUAAUAUACUCGCUACUGAACAAAAUACCACCUUUCUAUGGUAUGUAUUCAAACUCUGCCCCAUGUGAUCACUGUGCUAAAAGAAACGAACCAAAUAAAAGGACGAAGCUUUUUUUUUUUUUUUUUUUGCGAUGAAAGUGGCUUCAGUGCAAGCAUUUCAAGAUAUUUCGUUUCAUGGUAGUACAUUUCGUGUGUUUUAUAACAUGGAGAUUGUCCGUGUAAACUGUUUAUUUCUUACUCAUUGCAUCAUUAAGCUGGCUGCUAUAUCAUAGUGAAAUGUCUACAGGAAGUGUAAAAAUAUUAAGUUUCUUUCCUGUUGCAGGUUAAUUUUAAGUGCAGCUUGUUGAACAGACAGCAUUAAUUUAUCUGGUCAUGUAAGAGGCUCCCUUUGCUAAAAUGCUCACAGGCAGUUGUAAAUGCGCUACAUUACAGCAUUUAGCAGUAACAUGCAGAAGUGUACCGAUGUUUACUGAAAACGUCAUCUUAAUGCAGUAGCAUUUACUGUAAAUUUUUCUGGUAUGUGUAGUCCUGUCAGUAUUCCUUGCUUUGCUUAUCUUUUCCUACCUGCUUAGCCUAUAGUACAUCAUUAUAUUUGCGUAAAAUGGCUGUAUCCUCGGAUGCAGCGUGAGGCAUCAGAAGUAGAUGCAUCUUAAGUUAUGCAAGACAUAAUACAGUUGCACAACUAACAUGGUGUCAUCAAACCAGUAUAUUACAAACUUGCACUCAUCAGAUCACAUUGCUUUAUUGAGCCAUCUGUGGGUUUAUGAUAUAAAUUUUGCUUAAUGUCAUGUGCACAGCAAAAUGUUCAUUUGUUAAAAAUAAUCAGAUACAAGCCACUGGCAUCUUGCUAACUAGUAUGUGUACAUUUUCUAUGAAGGAAAUUAUGCAUAUGUCAUCUGCAUGUUAAUUGUUUGAUUAAACCUGGACACGGCUUGCAGGGCUCUCUGCUUUUUUCAGAAUCAAAUUAACAAUCUGUUUCCUGUAGCUGCUUAGAGUAGCUGUUUCUCCCCCAGCUGCUAAGUAAUAUGUACUGUGUAACAUAAGAGGAUGCUAAAUUGUGUAAUCACAAAAGCUUCCACUUAUUACUGACUGUAAACAUAUGCUCUGUAACCUUGAUCCCUUUUUUACAAUAUUGGCUCCUUGUUAUACCUAAACACACCAGAGUGGCAAGAUUUGAUACUAGGAAGGUAAAUAACACUUUGAUUGGUCUACGUUUGCCUACAACCUUAACAAAGUGAGAAGAAAUGGUGAACUUGCGGAUAACCACAUUUUUGUUAUCACUCGUAACACAAUGCCUUUGGUUCUCUGAAAUGUGUAAAUUUAAGACACUGGAAUGUUAUGCUUUAUGUAACCUUGUUCUGAUUCUACCUACCUGUAAAAGGCAGUGUCAUCACAGUAUUGUGGCUCUUGGCGAGAGCUUCUUUUUUUGCUUCUGCAGGAAUGCCAUUAACGUACAAGUGGUUUCAGGCAUAUUUAAUAACAACGCAACAGAGCUUUAGGAAGCAGUGAAGCUAGUUUGUCUAAGUUAAAUGUUUGUGGCAAUGUGGUGCUGAGGAACAAGUAGUUGGUAAGAAGCAUUCGUAGCGUUAUGCUUUAGGGUGAUAACAGCUGUACUGUUGCUGUGAGCUAUCAAAUCUUGGACUCCACUAUUUUCAUUUUCAGCUGGAUAACUGUACAACGUUAUUGCCUAUUUAUUAAAAACUGCCUGUCAUUUCCUGCAUUGAUAUUGAAGUCAGCUUUAUCUAAAAUAUGCAAUAAAAGAUCAAUCAAUACAUGA